GAGCAAGAAAGCGCGGACAGCCUCCCCAAAGCGCGGAGGAUCACCCAAGUCGGCUCGCUCAGGAUCCCCCGAGCCCCCACAUCAGGCGACAGAGCUUGAGCCGACCAGUCUUGCCAGCCCUGCUCAGUCGCCCGCAGCACCUGCAGCCGUUUGCAGCGGAGAUGACACAGACGCCGACAGCGAUGGCGCAACGAAUGCCGACAGCGACGACGAGCCGAAGCCCAAGAAAUCGGGUUCCAUAUGCCGCCCUCUGCGAAACCUUCGUCCAAAUCGAGGCUACCACAAAGCGGCUGGAGAUCACCGAUAUCCUGACCAAGUUCUUCCAGCGGGUUAUUUCGCUGAGCCCUUCGAACCUGACCCAGUGCAUCUAUCUGUGCAUCAACCGCAUCGGCCCCGAGUACGAAGGUCGCGAACUUCACGUCGGCGACAGCAUCCUGAUGAAAGCUGUUGUGGAGGCCACGGGACGCAAUCUCCAAGCGCUCAAGGCCGAUGUGGUCGAGCACGGUGACUUGGGAACCGUUGCCGAGCAGAGCCGCGGCAAACAGAGGACCCUUGCGACUCCACAGCCACUGACUGUUCCUCAAGUGUUUGACACCCUGAAGACCAUCUCGGAGAUCACAGGAACGAGUUCCCAGAAAAGAAAGAUCGACCUGAUUCGCAAGAUGCUCGUCGCUUGUCGCGAGAACGAAGCCAAGUAUAUCAUCAGAUCUCUUGCUGGCACGUUGCGUAUCGGCCUCGCCGAGCAGACAGUUCUCCAAUCGCUGGCACGCGCGUUUGUGUUGAAUGAUUCCGAGACUCGCAAGAUGUCCAAGGACAAGCUCGAGAACGAGCUCGCUUCUGCGACGGCAAUUGUCAAGCAAGUUUACACGGAGCUGCCAACAUACGACCAGAUCGUCCCGGCGUUGCUGGAGCACGGCGUCCACCAUCUGCCAGAGCACUGCAAGCUAACUCCAGGCAUUCCGCUCAAGCCCAUGCUUGCCCAUCCCACCAAGAGUCUGACUGAGGUGCUGGAUCGGUUCGAGAACAUGACCUUCAGUUGCGAAUACAAAUACGAUGGCGAACGCGCUCAGAUUCAUCGCCUGGAAGAUGGCUCCGUCAUGAUCUUCAGCAGAAACUCUGAGAAUCUGUCAGUCAAAUACCCGGAUAUCAUCGCCCGUGUCCCCGCGAUAUCCAAGCCCGAUGUGACGUCGUUCGUGCUGGAUUGCGAGGCUGUUGCCUGGGACCGCGAAAAGAAAUGCAUCCUCCCAUUCCAGGUGCUGAGCACACGCAAGAAGAAGGACGUAACCGCGGAGGAAGUCAAGAUCCAGGUGUGCGUGUUUGUGUUCGACCUGCUGUAUUUCAAUGGAAAGCCCGUGACUGGCGAGCCUUUGAAGACUCGUCGGCAGCUUCUCGAAGAGAACUUUAUCGAGAUCGAGGGAGGAUUCCACUUCUCCAAGAGCAUGGAAAGCAGCAACGUGGAAGAGAUCCAGACCUUCCUGAACGAGGCGAUUGUUGGCAACUGCGAGGGCCUGAUGGUCAAGACGCUGGAAAAGGAGGCCAGCUACGAGCCAAGCAAGCGCUCACGAAACUGGCUCAAGGUCAAGAAGGACUAUCUUUCGGGUCUCGGCGACUCGCUCGAUCUGGUAGUGAUUGGCGGCUGGUACGGACGAGGCAAGCGCACGGGCACAUACGGAGCAUAUCUCUUGGCCUGCUACGACGAAGACCGCGAGGAAUACCAGAGCAUCUGCAAGAUGGGCACCGGCUUUGACGACGAGAGUCUGGCGGGCCACUACAAGUUCCUAAGCGAGCACACCAUCGAGGCACCCAAGAACUACUACAACAUCAGUGACAACCCGAACGUCCGGCCGGAUGUGUGGUUCGAUGCCGUGCAGGUCUGGGAAGUCAAGUGUGCGGAUCUGUCGAUCUCGCCAGUGCACCGGGCGGCCAUGGGGCUCGUUGCCGAGGAUAAGGGCAUCAGUCUCCGAUUUCCACGAUUCAUCCGCAUUCGCGACGAUAAGGGCCCGUCGGAUGCCACGUCGGCGGCGCAGGUUGCGGAGAUGUAUCAGAGCCAGAACAUCAACCCCGUGCACGGAAACAAGAGCAGGGACGACGACUUUUGAGUGUGCGACGAGGCCAAGCGGGACUGCGAGGGGUCGCGGCAAUACAGCGCUCCAAGUGAAUAUGGG